UAGUUUUCCUCGAUUUGGGGCCCUGCGGAAUUGGCAGUUCACUUUCGUUGGUGGCUCGAGUGCGACGUGAAGUGCGGCAGCGAAGAGCGCUUUUCCAGGCACAGUGCGCCACUACUUGCCUGCAAGUCAGCCACAGCAAUUUCUCGUUAAAUCAAACGCGUUUCGUCAACCGCCGUCCGCUUAGGCAAAAAAAAGUAAACAAACAAUACAAAUCUACACUCUCACGCGAAAAACAAUAAAGCGAUCGUUCGGAAAUUAGUGCAACGUAGACAAAGGCAACUCAAUCCGCAUCCAGAUCCACAAAAGAUGGCGUUCAUUUCGAAAGACUUUCGGUCGCCGGGGGAAACUUGGAUCAAAACCGAUGGCGGCUGGGAGCGUUCCAAGGUGCUCGAGUGCGGCGGAAAGCGGAAGCGGCACCAUUCAGAGGGCAGCAGCAGCUACCAGGACAGCGACAGUUCGGAGGAGGAGGCGGUGAUGCCGCCGCAUUAUCACAUCACCAUCCGGUGUACCAGAGAGAUAGCCGGGUUUAAUGGUCUCAGUGAGGCUGUGAAGCGUCUGGAUUUCAGGCGAUCUGUGCGGGAUCGCAAGCGGUUCCACUACAUAUGCGCCUUCCUGCUGCUCGUGUCCAACAAGGGUAUUGCCAGUCUGCCAGGCAGUGCUCAGCGCCAGCUACUCCAAAUGGUCGAGGAGGUGGCCUCGCAUGUAAAUGACAGCCAGCAGCAUCCGAAUGUGCUGCGCGGCCUGGCCCUGAAGCUGGAGCACAUUGUCAGCCAAGAGAACCAGAAGUGCUGGGGCAAGCCGCUGGGCAGCACGUACCUGUGGAAGGAGCACAUGGCCACCAUCAAGCGCAUCCAGCGCGUGGCCAGCCAGAUCGAAAUCCGCGAGCCCGAUCCGGAGGCCAAGCCAAAGCUGCACGAACUGCCGGAGGAGUGUGUGCGGGAGAUCAUCCUGUGCAUAGCCGACCAUCGGGACCUGGAGUCGGCCGCCGAGGCCUGGGAGACCAUGGCCAAGCUGGUAUCCGAGCAGCGCAUCUGGCGCGAACUGACACGCUUUCACUUCAACCAGCGCCAGAUCCACACCAUUCUGGACCUGGACAAGUUUAAGCAGAUGGGCGAGAUCAAGGACUGGAAGCAGAUCUAUCAUCAACUACGACGCACCUAUGGCGUCAACGAUGAUUACCAGUUCGCCGAGGUGCUGGCCCUGUGCCGCUCCUGCUGCUGCCUGUUCUGGCCGUCGGAUGGACACCCGUGCAUCGUCGAUCAGAGUCCGGACUACAAGCAGCGGCUUGAGGAGGCCGGUGGUCAGUUGGCUCUGGCCCAACCAGUUCCGCCCGCCCAGUUUCUUAAGUACUUCUCGUUGUAAGCCGGAUGUUCGGACCAAGGGAGAGAGAUAGAGAUAGAUCGAAAGUAUUUUUACGGCCCAGUGGAUAGGUUGUUUAUGCGUGUGUUAAAGUUUUACCCUUGGAGAGAAGAAAAGGAGCAGGGGAGGAGAGGAGUUGAUAGUCGAGGAGCGGAUCAGAAAAAGCAAAGUGAUAACGAAAUCCCUAAUCUAUACCUACAUACGUUUAAACGUAAAUCGCCAGACUCGUUUCGAUUGGUUUGCAGUUUGUCCACGGUUAAGGACGUGGUUUCAGUUCAGUUGUUUGCCAACCAGUUGUAUUACCACAUCAGCAAUCUGUGCAGGACCGAAGAUUACUAUUAGUUGUGUAGACAUACAUACAUAUUUAUCUAUCGACUCGCGCGUGUCAGUUGCCAGGGUCCAAUUCUGGGUCGCUAAUCUUUGGGGUCGGAUUUAGGUAUUUAGGACACGCAAAACGAACUGCCACAAAACGAGAAUAAGCGAAUAUUUUUUGUCAAACUGAUUAUUGCAAAACGUGUAUCGAGAAACUAUUUUUAAUGUACACCAGUAUGUAUAAUUACCGAUUUGUUCAUUUUUUGAGACAAAACGAGAAAUACACUUUUAUGAAUGACUUUUGAGCGAUCUAUUGUAGCGGUUAAGUCUAGUUUCUUUAACGUUUAUCAGCUGCUUUUGGUGCUAAAUCGUAUUAUAAGUUACAAUCAAACGAAAUCAAAUCAAACCAGCUCUUGUAGUUACCCAAGUCCGAUUCGAUCUGUAGUCCUCCCGAGUGAAAGAUGUAGCGUGGGGAAAAUCAUGUGAUGUUGCAGGAAGCAAAGCUAGAAACGAAUACACCUACCUAAAGAUAACAAAUCUUUAAGCGAUUUGUCGCAAAGCAAUGCUAUACAUAUACAAAAACUAGAGAUCGUCGCCAGUAUAAGAGUAAUUUUAUGGUAUGCCGUACCAGCCAGCAGAGUAAUCCUCUUACCCAACAGACCGAUUGGAAGCCAAGUUAUUUUCCAAAAUCAAACCAAACUCUCUUUAUUGGCCGACUAAAUAUAGAUAUUGUUAACGUGUAUAGAUGCCCAUUAGUAGAGACCCCGAUCCAAGCCUAAAGAUUUCCCUGUAAAAUACCAGUUUGAUCACAUUAAUUUUACUAUAACUAUUACUAUUGUAAGUACGAAAGUUUUAGCAUUCUCAAUCAUUUGUUUGCAAACAUUUCUACGCG